CUUUUAUUGGCUCAUCCCUGAAUGAAAAUCUAACUUAUUUAUUACUUAAGUUUUAAAGAGGUUUGGCAGAAGAUAUGGAGUUUCAAGAGUCACCUGAAGUAAAUGAAUUGAACGAAAAAGUCAAACUUAGGCGAGAGGCACGAAUUAGAAAAAUUCUUGACAAUGCCAAGAGCCGAUUGGAGAAACUAAACAUGCGGCAAAGCGGUGUCGGUGAUACUGAUUUACUUAAUGAACGUUCCGGUGCUCACACUCAAGAAGCUUGCGAAUUUUCGGACCCAGAGGUUGAACCGGAUAUUCCAGAACAUUUACAAAUGCCAUUUCAAUUUCAACAAUUUGAAGACACAUUCAAAGGAUUCGAAACUACGAUUAACCAUGAAGAUACUUGCGAGAAAGAAAACUCGUUUUUAAAAUAUAAGCUGCAUGUUGUGUUAGCAGUUACCGUCGCUUAUAUUGUAUCCUUAAUUCUAAAUGGAAGUGAAGGAAAAACAUUUUUUGUGAUUAUACCAGUGGCACUGGUGAUUAUAUCGGAUCUCACAAUUUUCAAUCAACAAAAACAACAAAAUCCCAUGAUCAAUAUGUUGGUUAUUUUUGGUAUUAGAUCUCAAGAAAUUUCACAUGCUUUCAAUGUUGUGUCAAAAAUGCAGAAUAUUGUGACGGACUUAUCAAUUUUCAUUUUUUAUUUUUGCCUAGCUACAUGUUGUGGCAAUCAAUUUGUCCACCUAGCCGAUGUUAUAUAAAUUUAAAACAUAAUGUUAAAAUUUGUAAA